UGGCGCAACGGUCGCUGCGCGCCUGUGCUGUUCCGGGCCGGCGAGGGGUGCGAGAGGAAUUGGAGCAUGCACACCACAGAAUCAAAAAAUGAACAUUUGGAUGAUAAAAACUCCCAAACAUCUACAGUUCCUCAGAUCCUCAUCAUUCCUGAUAGAAGAGCACAGGAAGAAACUGCAGAAACUGUCCUCUCAGAAACAAAAGAAACAAAACCACAGACGGAAAAGAGUAAACACAUUUCUUGUCCUCCACAAGGAAUAUUGAAUUUAAUUAUUACAAAUGGAGUUAUGUCCCUUAUGAUAUGGUGUGUAAUGUGGUCAGUCUUGGGCUCUGAAGUUCUCCCUGGUGGAAAUAUAUUUGGAUUGUUAAUUAUUUUUCAUAGUGCUUUAAUUGGGGGGAAACUUUUGCAACUCAUUAGAAUACCUUCAGUGCCUCCACUUCCACCUCUUCUUGGGAUGUUACUGGCUGGUUUUAUUGUUAGGAAUGUUCCAUUCAUCAGUAACCACGUCCAAGUUCAUACCACAUGGUCUUCCAUUUUAAGAAACACUGCCCUUACCAUUAUCCUAAUACGAGCUGGGCUUGGACUCGAUCCACAGGCUUUGAAGAAUUUGAAGAGAGUUUGUUUAAGAUUGUCUAUGGGUCCAUGCCUCAUAGAGGCAUGUUCAGCUGCUUUUUUUUCUCACUUCAUUAUGAAAUUUCCCUGGGAAUGGGGAUUUCUAUUAGGUUUUGUACUAGGUGCUGUCUCUCCUGCUGUUGUUGUCCCUUCCAUGCUCCUUUUGCAAGAAAAUGGAUAUGGUGUUGAAAAAGGCAUCCCGACCUUGCUGAUAGCUGCUAGCAGUUUAGAUGACAUCGUGGCUAUCACUGGGUUCAAUACAUGCAUGAGCAUAGUCUUCUCAGAAGGUGGUAUAAUUAGUACUGUUCUAUCCUCUGUACGGGACGUAUUUAUUGGUGUGCUGGUAGGAAUUAUUUUGGGAAUUUUUGUUCAAUAUUUCCCAAGUGGAGACCAGCAAAAACUUCCAUCAAAGAGAGCAUUCCUUGUUUUGAGUAUGUGUGUAUCUGCCGUCUUAGGCAGCCAACGUAUUGGUUUACAUGCAUCUGGAGGAUUAUGCACACUAAUGUUGACUUUCAUUGCAGGGACAAAAUGGUCCAAAGAAAAGAUUGGAGUCCAAAAAAUUAUUUCAAAUACAUGGAAUAUUUUUCAACCACUUCUUUUUGGUUUAGUUGGAUCAGAAGUAUCUGUUUCAGCUCUUGAAUCAAAUACUAUUGGCAUUUGUGUUGCUACAAUGAGUUUGGCAUUAUGUGCUCGAAUUUUAGCCACUUUUGUAUUGACGUCUUUUGCUGGCUUUAGUUUUAAGGAGAGAAUAUUUAUUGCUUUAUCAUGGAUGCCCAAAGCUACAGUCCAGGCUGUGUUAGGUCCUCUGGCUCUAGAAACAGCAAGAGUCUCUGCGCCCCAUUUGGAAUCGUAUUCAAGGGAUGUGAUGACAUUAGCAUUUUUAGCCAUCUUGGUCACAGCUCCAAAUGGAGCUCUAUUUAUUGGCCUACUGGGGCCCAAAAUACUUACACGUCAUUAUGAUCCCACAGAAAUAAAACUGCAAUUGUCACAUCUCGAGCAUCAUUAA